CUGAGAAACCCUGGCUCUGGCCAAGAUGCUUUGGAAAAUCGCAUUUUAAAGAGGAGCUUUGCCCUUAGAGGCACCUAAUGGAAGGGUUAUGUAGAAGGAAAAGGGAAAAUGGGAGAUAAAACCUUACUACCACAACUUUCUCUUCAUUUCAGGACAUGACUUAUCUCUGUAUCUCGGCCUCUGAUUCUUCCAGUCAAAACCUGAUGCAGCACUUUAAGGAGAGCAUCAAGUUCAUCCAUGAGUGCCGGCUCCGUGGGGGAGGCUGCCUUGUCCAUUGCCUGGCCGGGGUGUCUCGCAGCACCACCAUCGUGGUGGCAUACCUGAUGACAGUGACAGAGCUGGGCUGGGAGCGCUGCCUGGCCGCCACCAAGGCUGUGCGCUCCUAUGCCAGCCCCAACUUCGGCUUCCAGCAGCAGCUGCAGGAGUACGAGCAGACCUUGCUGAAGGAGUACCGUGCCUGGAUCCGUCACGAUUACGGCAGGAACCCCUUCCAGGACCAGGAGGAGCUGCAGCGCUUGUUGGCCCAGCAGGAGCAAAGUGGAAGCAGGGAGGGCUCCUGCACCACUCCCCCAGCACCCAACCACCCACUGCCCAGCAGCAGGAGCCCGUGGAUGGGCAGAUAGGCAGCAGCUGCUCCCAGAGGGACACUAUCUUUGUGCCUUGCAAAACGUGACAGCCGCCGUGCCCAGCGCCCAUGGGGUGCAGCUG